ACUUCCGGUCUGCGCUCUGCAUUCUUCGGCUGACUUCGGCCGCUAACGGUCGGAAUGUUCAAAUCGUGCUGGAGCCUGAGGUAAAGAAGAAAGAAACGACAGUCGAGACGGAAUGACGGUGCUGCAGGAACCCGUCCAGGCUGCAGUGUGGCAAGCGCUGAACCACUACGCCUACCUGGAUGCCAUUUUUCUUGCGGAAAGACUGUACGCUGAAGUGAGGUCGGAGGAGGCCCUGUACCUUUUGGCAACAUGUUACUAUCGCUCGGGGAAGCCUUACAAGGCGUACCGGCUGCUCAAGGCUCACAGUUCGUCCACGCCGCAGGUUCGCUUCCUGUUGGCCAAGUGCUGCGUGGAGCUCAGCAAGUUGGCUGAAGGUGAGCAGGUUCUGAUUGGUGGCGUGCUCAACAAACAGAAGAGUCAAGAUGACCUCAUCACAGAGUUCGGCGACUCGGCCUCCUUCACGCUGUCGUUGCUGGGACACAUUUACUGCAAGACGGAUCGCGCUGCGAAAGGUGCCGAGUGCUUCCGGAGAAGUUUGUCACUGAACCCGUUCCUGUGGUCGCCUUUUCAGAACCUUUGUCUCCUAGGUGAUAAAGUAGAUGCAGAUCAGGUCUUCAGAUUGUCCUCUUUGCAGCAUUGUUCAGUAGCCCCACCGCCCCCCUCUGUAAGCCCCGCACAGAACUCCUCACAUCGCCUGGACACAGCCUUCAUGGAGACGCCUCAACACACAUUGGAGUUAAAUCGUUUGAAUUUAGAAUCGUCAAACGGGAAGCAGACAUCUGAUUUGUCGCUUUCCUACAUCGACUCCUCCCUCAUCUCCCCGGAGACUGGCUCCCUGUUGGGAAAUCCCGUUUCCCUAGCGUCAGCCGCCUCCUUAUUGGCUAAACAGAACAAGCCCAAGAGUGGGCGGAGUUUACUGGGAGGACCCAAUUCACUCAGUCCGCUCACACCCAGUUUUGGCAUCUUGCCCUUGGAGCCCAGCCCGGGCGACCCAACAUAUCUGCAGAACUACUCAUCCAGCAUGGAAACACAAUCCACUGCUUCAAGCAAGAAGACUGUGUCCAGGAUGAAUCAGUCCAAGACUGUGUUCAGCCAGAGCGGGAAUAGUCGCGAUGUUCUCCCCAUGCCCUUUAACCCUUCUCAGACCUCAGCCCCUCACACCAGUGGUUCUCCUCAGGUGCUCAGUCCCAGCAUGUCUGCUCCUCCCAACAUUCAGCCCAGAAGGAGCUCAAGACUCUUCACCAGCGCCAGCUCCACUGCCAAGGAGAACAGUAAGAAGUUAAAGAUGAAGUUCCCCACAAAGAUUCCCAACAGGAAAACCAAAUGUAAAUCGACAAAGACCUCAAACAGCAGCAACCUGAACGAGAGCCUGGAUAUUCUUCGUUUGGAUCCGGCGGGUCUGAGUCUGGCUGACGCCAAGGUGCCGCAGCACCAGAGAGCCGCGGCAGACAAUGUGCUGGCGCUGCUUCGGGAACUGGGCCGCGGCUACCAGGCUCUGUGCUCGUACAACUGUCGAGAAGCCAUUGCGAUCCUGACCUCGCUCCCGCCACAGCACUACAACACAGGCUGGGUCCUGACGCACAUCGGCCGCGCCUACUUCGAGCUGGCUGAGUACACACAGGCGGAGCGUCUGUUCAGCGAAGUGCGCAGGAUGGAGUCUUACCGCGUGGAGGGCAUGGAAAUCUAUUCAACCACCUUGUGGCACCUUCAGAAAGAUGUUGCCCUGUCCGCUUUGUCCAAAGACCUGACGGACAUGGACAAGAACUGUCCCGAGGCCUGGUGUGUCGCAGGAAACUGUUUCAGUCUGCAGAGGGAGCACGACAUUGCUAUUAAAUUCUUUCAGAGAGCCAUCCAGGUGGACCCAGGCUUCGCGUACGCCUACACUCUGCUGGGUCACGAGUUCGUCAUGACUGAGGAGCUGGAGCGAGCGCUCGCUUGCUUCCGCAACGCCAUCAGAGUCAGCAACAGACACUACAACGCAUGGUACGGUCUGGGGAUGAUCUACUUCAAGCAGGAGAAGUUCAACUUGGCAGAAAUCCACUUCAGGAAAGCUCUCAGCAUCAACCCGCAGAGCUCCGUACUGCUCUGCCACGUCGGAGUGGUGCAGCAUGCGCUGAAGAAGUCUGACGCGGCUUUAGAGACGUUGAACAAAGCGAUCGGGAUCGACCCAAAGAAUCCUCUCUGCAAGUUCCACAGGGCAUCCAUCCUCUUUGCCAACGACAAAUACAAGGCAGCUCUUCAAGAGCUGGAGGAGUUGAAGCAGAUCGUCCCCAAAGAGUCGCUGGUUUAUUUUCUCAUCGGCAAGAAACUUCCCGUCCAAGACAGGAUGUUGUGAUGACACGAGGAGAAACCGUACCCAGCACCUCCCAACUGGAUAAACGGGCACGAAUCGCUUCAAGACUAUAGCCGAAGCUAACGCCGCUGCCUUAAUAGGCUCAUAUGAGCGGUAGUGGGACCACGUAAUGGCGGCGUGGAACAAGGCCAAGCGACACAUAGUGAAGCUUCAUCGCCAGGUUAUUAUGUCCAAUAAUGUGUGGACAACUAUGUGCUAACGAGGACGUUAUUUAUCAAAAAAAGUAAGGCAACGCAUUGACCAACACCAUGACACUUUACGGUAGUGUCGUAACACUUGUCGGACUUGUGGCACAAUAUGACAUACGGCUGGGCAUGUUGGAGUGUGUGAAUCAUAGAUAUCGUAAAAAUGAUUGUGAAUUAUUUAUGUACCAGUAUUUAUUUCAAGGAUAGUACAACACAUUUUCAAGAGGGUCCUUUCAACACAUAGACAAUCAACAAUAGACAAAAUAAUAAAUAAAAGUAAAUCAAAAUCAUAACACACGCACAAUGCUCCCCUAAACUUAGCCUCCCACCAUCCGGCCAAUAUUUUAUAAUAUGUAUGUACAUAUAUAUUAAUAUAUAAUGUAGUCUGCACACAAGAUAUUGUUGGAAAGUCAGUAAAUAUUUUAAUACAUUUGUAAUUCUUUGAAGCAUUAUUAUUUUUGCAAUUGCGUUGUCUUAAUUUUAGUCAGGUUCGUUCAGUCAACGCCAUGAAUGCGAUUGUACUAAUAAUUUGUUAAAAGCGCUUAAAUAAUACAGUAUAAAUAUGCUAUAUGCGAAAUUAACACUUAAAACAUUUUAUCAUGAAUAUACGGGGCCAGAACAAGUUCUGACAGGGCCACCACGCAAAAAGGCUUAACGUCGGACCCUGGUCUUCAGCCAUUCAUUCACAAGACCGUGUCCAAGUCAUUUGUGUGCAUUUGUGUGUGUAAGGUGUACAAGAAACUGGGUCAGACUCAUCUGGCACUCAUGAACUUCAGCUGGGCCAUGGAUCUGGACCCCAAAGGAGCAAAC